AGUAAUUUCCAAAUUGACAGGCGAAUAUACCAAUAAUCCACCCACUAGUCAUCUCCGUCAUCCUUUCUUCUUCUGCCGCCUAAAAAACCCUCAAAACAUAAACAUUUAUCCACAACAAAACCAAUAACCAACCUAUGGCACUCUCGUUCACAUCUCUGUCAAACAUCGGUUCGCUCUCAGCUCCCCGAACCUCAUCACCCGCACAUCUGACCACAAACAAGUUCGGUAAAUGUACGGUGUUAGCGUCUUCGAGCUCUUUAUCAGGCUCGCUCCGGUUGUCCUGUUUAACAAACCCUAGGGUUGUUGAGAAUAAGUCACGUGCCUUUUCUGUUAGGGCUAGUGCUCAGGAAGUGGCUACACAGGCUAAAGUAACCAACAAAGUCUUCUUUGACAUAAGCAUUGGAAACCCCGUGGGGAAUUCCGUAGGAAGAAUUGUGAUUGGGCUCUUUGGUGAUGAUGUGCCUCAAACGGCUGAGAAUUUCCGUGCUCUGUGUACAGGAGAGAAAGGUUUUGGCUACAAGGGUUCUGCGUUUCAUCGUGUCAUCAAGGAUUUCAUGAUUCAAGGAGGAGACUUUGACAAGGGCAAUGGCACUGGUGGCAAGAGCAUAUAUGGCCGGACAUUUAAGGACGAAAACUUUAAUCUAACGCAUACUGGACCUGGAAUUGUUAGUAUGGCUAAUGCAGGACCCAAUACUAACGGAAGUCAAUUCUUCAUAUGCACAGUCAAGACGCCAUGGUUGGAUCAGCGGCAUGUUGUGUUUGGACAAGUUCUGGAGGGCAUGGAUGUAGUCAAGUUGAUCGAGUCACAAGACACUGACAGAGGUGACCGCCCAACAAAGAGAGUUGUUAUCAGUGAUUGUGGUGAGCUUCCGUUGGUCUAGCCAACUAAGGUCGGCGGUUGUGAGUGUACGAGUUAUUGUAGCCUUUUCAGGCAGAGUAGUUAGGACAUGAAGAGGUGGUCGGACUAUGAGGCUCUGUUCAUUUGGAUAACAUAGAUGUGUCAGCGACUAUCUUUUAGCCUUCCGUCUAUUGAUACUGUUUCAUAAACAGUUUUCGAUUUUGAAAUAAAGAGUGGCUUAUUUCAGUUAA